AAGUGAGAUAAAACUUAAUAGCAGUUGAAAUACCAUACGGGAAAGACUACUCUGUAAAUUUAUAGAAAAGUUCACAAAAUUUACAGUAUUCUAUCAAAAAGUCGAGUUAUGUAGAACUUACAGAAUGCAAUAUGCUAUUUUUACGUGGUGAAUUCUGUGAUUGUAAAACUGUAAGGUUAACAUAUUGAGUCAGUAAUUGUAACAGAACUUUUUCUGUAAUUAUGACAGAAUCUUUUCUGUAAUUUUCUGAAAAGCGCUACUCGGAAAAUACCAUCAUUUGACCGAGGAAUUAUUUUUUACACAAACAUCAUGGUGCACAUCAAACGUAAGGAACUAUUUAAUGGGCGGUUGCUAAACUAUCUCAAGAAUGUAAGGUUCAGUUCAUCUUUGCAAGCUCAAGACAGAGUUCGUCCUCAGCCAGAAUCAGAUAAUUCAUUUAAGUAUGCUGAUCUGUCGGUCCGCUUGGCGCCACCACAUUUACUUCAACCAAAACCAGAUGUUAGAGAUUUGGUCUUCGGAAAAUACUUUACUGAUCAUAUGUUCAAAGUUUUUUUUCAUGAAGAUUUAGGAGGAUGGCAAGCACCAGAAAUCACUCCUUUGGAAAGUCUAGUUUUACACCCAGCAAGCAAGGCUCUACAUUACGCCGUUCAAGCAUUUGAAGGUAUGAAAGCUUACCGAGGCAAAGAUGAUAAAAUACGGUUGUUUCGCCCGGAACUAAAUAUGCAAAGAUUGAACCAUUCAGCAAAAAGAUUAGGUUUGCCAACAUUUAAUAGUACAGAAUUCAUAAAAUGUUUGAGUAGGUUAAUUAGCAUCGAUCAGGAAUGGGUGCCGCAUUGUGAAACGGCAAGUCUAUAUAUAAGACCUACUGUUAUCGGGGUGGAUCCUACGUUGGGUGUUGCAACAUCUCGCUCAGCACUCUUGUAUGCUAUUCUGUGUCCAGUUGGAUCCUAUUUUCACGGACCAGUCAGUAAAGGUGUAUCACUUCUCGCUGAUCCAAGUUAUACCAGAGCAUGGCCUGGAGGCUGUGGUGAUUCAAAAUUAGGUAGCAAUUAUGCUCCUACCAUUCAUGUUCAAGAGAAAGCUGAAGAAAAAGGUCUUCAGCAAGUUUUAUGGCUUUAUGGUGGAGAUAUGCAGCUAACAGAAGUUGGAACAAUGAACAUUUUUAUGUUUAUCAUCAAUGAGGAAGGAGAAAAAGAAUUAAUAACUCCUCCAUUAAAUGGGUUGAUUCUACCCGGAAUCACUCGAAUGUCAAUAUUGAAUUUAGCUCACGAAUGGAAUCAGUUUAAAGUAACCGAGAGAAUUAUUACGAUGGAAGAAGUGUGCCGUUUAACUUCUGAGAAAAGGAUACUAGAGAUGUUUGGAGCUGGAACUGCCUGUGUAGUUAGUCCAAUUUCCAAUAUUCAUUUUCUCAACCAAUUCUUACACAUACCUACUAUGGAGCAACCGAGCCCUAUCUAUGAUAUGAUCCUUAAAAGUCUUUUGAAUAUUCAAUAUGGUUAUGUACCUAAUCAUCCAUGGAUAAUAAAAGUCGAAUAAUAUUCUUCUUUUAUCAACUAUUAAAUCAAUUUAAUUUUCGUUUAUUGUAAAAAUGCUCAGUAUAUACUAAAUAAUAUAUGAAGAAAAUUUAACUAUUUGGAUAUCUUGCAGCUAGGUUCUAUAUUUUUCUAUAAAACUUGGAUAAUGAUAAUAAUAAAGAGACAUUGUACAUAUUACAAAUUAAGGUAAUGAUCAUUUCUAUCAAAACUGUAAAUAUGUCUAUUUUAUUUUUUAUUAUUUGUCGGCAAUAAUAAUAUUAAUUUUUUUUA